CCGGCCGGUGGCACUGGGAUCUCAAGUGACACCGGGGAGGGAGGGGGGUCUAUUUUUAGCCCCUGAAUGGAUCUGAGCUGGAGCCGGGCUCUCUGCCCCCGUCAAGGGGACGGCAUCAUGUUGUGCUGGGAGGGUUCUCCUGCGUGGCUCCUCGAAUGGCUCCAUCCCCACCUGGCGCUGGGGGACAGGCAUGGAUAACUUCGAGUACAGCAUCCAGCUGAACGACCGGGAAUGGGCUGAGUUCUUCCAGGCUUCCGAGGAGUGCAGCCUGGCGCCCGCCUCGCUGGCCACGGCCGAGGAGCAGUGUCUCAGUGACAUUGAGCAAGGGGAAGCCUCGGGACGGGACGGCGAGGUCGCCUCCAGGGCGGGCAGCGAGCCAGGGCCUGGCAGGGCCAGCGCUGCCCCACGUGGGGCCGGCACCGCCCCGCGGCUCUGCCCGGAGCGUGGGCACCGCUCCGAGCCCGAGCUGCUCCCGGACAGCGGCGGCGAAGCGGGGCCGGGCUGUGCCGGAGCGAUCCCCGGUGCCGGGGCCGAGGCCGGGUGCCUGGCAGGCGCUGCCAUGCCCAGCGCCCAGCGGAGGCAGCCGCCCCCCGGCCCGGCCGGUGCCUCGGCUCCGGGCAGCCCCGGGCAGGGAGCGGCCCCGGGCAGCCGGGUCCCGGAGCCCGAGCAGGGCGGGGAUGCAGCAGCGGGACGAGCCCCGGUGGCACAGCCGGCGGUGCUGGCGCAGCCGGAGGCCCCGGCAGCCUGUGCCUCCGCCGAGGGAUCGGCCGAGAAAAGCGCUGUCCCCUCGGAGCCCGGGCCGCGGGGACCCGCGGGGGACCCCCCGAGCCCGGCCCUGGGGACGGUGCCCGGGGCGGGCACGGAGCCGAGCUCGCCGGGCGGAUCCCCCAGCGUGGUGAGGCCAAAGGUGCCGGCGCAGCCGAGGAAGAGCCGCAGGCAGCGCGGAGCCACCGAGGGGGACAGGGACCCUGCGGCGGCCGCGGCACCGGGAGCCACCGGAGCCGGGAAGGCCCUUCCGGGCUCCCCGAUGUCCCCUCGGAAGGGCAAAGGGAAGGACAAGGCGGCCAAGGGAGCGCUGGUGAGGCUGGGCAGCGAGGAGGCUGCGGAGAACAAGCGGCCGGUGCCCGGCGUGGAUGGCGGCGAUCCCGGGGCUGCUCCCCCGAAGCAGAAGGGCAAGGAGCCGGGCCCGCAGUCCCCAGGGAAGGCAAAGGCCACCAAGCACCCCAAGGCAGGGCAGGCCGGUGGCUUGGGCGUACGUGACAGUGUCCCAGUGGUCCCUGGUGAUGGAGCCGCGGCUCCUGCAGCAGAGGCGUGCCAGGAGAUGCCAGGGAAACCUCUCCAGCCCCGGAGCUCGGCAGCGUUUGGAGGGAAUGCUGCUGGGGGGGCUGGGGGGAAACCUGCAGCUGAGAUCCCUGCAAUUCCUGCAGCUGAGAUCCCUGCAGUUCCUGCAGCUGAGAUCCCUGCAAUUCCUGCUGCUGAGAUCCCUGCAGAGAUCCCUGCAGUUCCUGCAGCUGAGAUCCCUGCAAUUCCUGCAGCUGAGAUCCCUGCAAUUCCUGCUGCUGAGAUCCCCAGAAAGCCCUCAGAGAUUCCUGCAGUUCCUGCAGCUGAGAUCCCUGGAAUUCCUGCUGCUGAGAUCCCCAGGAAGACCUCAGAGAUCCCUGUAGUUCCUGCAGCUGAGAUCCCUGCAGUUCCUGCAGCUGAGAUUCCCAGGAAGUCUGCAGCUGAGAUUCCCAGGAAACCCUCAGAGAUCCCUGAGGUUCCUGCAGCUGGGAUCCCAUGGGAGCCUGUGGCUGUGAUUCCCAGGAAACCUGUAGCUGAAAUCCCUUGGGAGCCUGCAGUUGGCAUCCCCAGGAUUCCUGCAGCUGGGAUGCCCAAGAUCCCUACGAUGGGGAUCCCUUGGGAGCCUGCAACAGGGAUCCCCAGUUCUGCAGUUGAGAUCCCCAGGAUCCCUGCAGCUGAGAUCCCCAGGAUUCCUGCCAUUGAGAUCCCGUGUGAGCCUGCAGCUGGGAUCCCCUCGAUUCCUGCAGCUGGGAUCCCCUCGAUUCCUGCAGCUGGGAUCCCCUCGAUUCCUGCAGCUGGGAUCCCUUGGGGAGCUGCAGCUGAGAUCUCCAGGGGGACGAGCCCCCUGUGCUUUGCUGAUGGAGCCUCUGGCAAGCCCAGCUCUCUGGAUGUGACCUGGCCCGAGAUGUACGAAUACCUGUUCUGCGAUUCCCAGGAGGAGGAGGAGGAGCUGGGCAGCUCCGUGGAGGGGCGGAAAUCGCCCUUGCAAAGGGAAAUCUCCUGGCCCGAACUGUACGAGUAUUUUUUCAAUGAACCUGAAGGAAGCAGGAAAAAAGGCAAAGCUAAAGACAGGAAAAGAAAGAAGCCCAGCAGCUUGGACCGCUCUGGGCUGCAAAAGGAGGCUCCCAGCUCUGCUCCAGGCGAGGACACCGUGGUUAUCCCAGUCCCUGACGUGUAUGAACACUGCUUCCCAGAGAGAGCCCACAACAGGAUGGGCUGGAGAGGGAUUUUCUCGGUGGCUCCGGCCUCCGAGGUGAAGAAAGCUGUGGGGGCUUUGAGGUCCCUGCUGCAAAGGCAAAUCCAGCUGGGAGGAGGCCAAGCCCCAACAUCCCAGGCCCUGGUGCCCAGAAGAUGCGGAGAGAAGCUCGCCCUGGUCCCGCUGGGAGGAGCCCAGGUGUGGCCAGAGGAUGCAGACAGGGCCCUGGCACUGAGAGGAGCAGCAGAGGACCCACGGGUGCUGAGCCACAAGGACAUGUGCCUCGUCUUCUGCGCCUUCGCGUCCUGGGCGGUGAAGACAUCUGACCUGCAGGCUCCGGAUGCCUGGAAGACCAUGUUCCUGGCGAGUUUUGGCACCCUCUCGGCCAUCCGCUACUUCCGAAGGCAGGUCAGGGAAGGGCACCCCCGGACUUAACCCCUGCCGCGCCGCAGCCGCUGCCCGAGGCCGCCGGGCAGGGGCCGGGACUUUGUUCUGGACGCUGGGACAAGGCUGGAGCGAGCAGCGAGAACUUCUCCGGCCCCAGCCCCGCCGGGCCAGGGAGCGGGACCCUGCCGGGAACGGGAACUGACGGUAGGACAGGACAGGACAGGACAGACAGGACAGGGAAUGGCCCCGGUCCCUCCGCCCCGCUGCGGUCACCUGGUGACGCUCGGAGGAAGCGGGGAAGAGCUUCGUCCCGACAAAAGAGCCGGGAUAUCUGAGAAGGAGGAAAAGACGGCUUUGGGAAGAGCUGGGCUACGGGGGGAUGGAGGGGCCGCUCCCUCGGCACAGCCCGGCGCUCCCAGCACCGGUUUGAUCACAGAUCCAGCCCCACCAGGGCUCAUCCUCUUCCAUUUCGCUCCAACAAGUCCCAGCUCGGUGCAGCAGCUCGGGGAUAAGGUUUCUGUCGCACGUGGCAUGCAGGGUCUGUCCCUGGGGACACGU